UCAAACAAACAAUGUUGUGUGAAUAUGUGGAUACUAUCUCUUAAUGUUAUAUAACAAGAUACACUAUUGCUGUAUUUUCUAUCACUAACUUUGUGAUAUUUGUUUUAUGGUUGAAUAUCUCUUACACUCAAUCAUAAGACAGUCGAUACUAUUACUAGUUCGUGUGUGAAGUUCUAAGUCAAUACUCCGACACCAUGAUUUCCGACUCUGACAUAAACGAUCCGGAAUGUGACACCAAUGGUCGGGAGGAUUCCAUUAAUAUCCCAGAAUGUGAUACCAAUUAUUUGGAAGGCGAUAUCAAUAGUUCGGAAGGCGAUAUCAAUAGUUCGGAAGGUGAUAUCAAUAGUUCGGAAGGCGAUAUCAAUAGUCCAGAAUGUGAUACCAAUAGUUCGGAAGGCGAUAUCAAUAGUCCAGAAUGUGAUAUCAAUAGUUCGGAAGGCGAUAUCAAUAGUCCAGAAUGUGAUUCCAAGAGUUCGGAAGGUGACAUGGAUAGCCAGGAAUGUGAAACCAAUAUUUCGGAAGGUGACAUGGAUUGCCCGGAAUGUGCCAGCGACUGUCCGGGCGACGUGUACAUAGUGAAGCCUGUUGUAGAGACUGAUGCUACUUCGGAAAGACAUAGAAAGAGACGUUUCAAUGCAGAAUUGAUUAACAAUAUCUUGAUGAAAGUCUCAGUUUUUCUGUUAUUUUCACAACCAUUUAAAAGUCAAUUCAUGACGAAUAUAUCGUCUGGCAAAUUGUCUACUCCUAUGAUGGAACAAAAGAACAUCUUAUUCCCCAUGAACAUCACAUCAUCUUCUUAUGCAUGGAACCAUAGGUACAUGUAUGUAUAUGCCGUGCCCUUUCCAUUUGUAAGACUUCGCUGUGGGCAAGGACAGGUUGGGAGUAACUCUUCUUAUCCAAGCCAGUCAUCUUCUGUCCUCGAUGGCCACCACCCUGCUACAGGAGUACAACCGCCUUCAACGAUUAGACAAAUGUCUGUCAGGAGAGGGCAACCUCCUGAGAGGAGACAACCAUUCGAAGAGAGACAAAUAUCACCAUUAGUAGGACGGCAGCGUGUUGCACAAGCUCCUGACAUUGUCAUUCCACAGGGAAUAUAUCCACACACCAUGCCCUACCACAUCGAAGUCAUAAAUCGGAGGCAAGUGAUCCGAGUUGACUUUGACCCUGACUUCAUCGCAAACUCUCAUCACUAUGGGGCAAUUUCUGUGACAUCUGACAUGUCUGUAGUCAGAAGACAGUCAUCUGUACGGAUGCAGCAAUUACAUUUGAGAGAUGGCAUGCGUUCUUGGAAUGGACAGCAAACUAAUAUGAGAGGACAGCUACAACCUUCUUCCACAGGUCAACAAAACUCUUCCUUGAGAGAAAGGUUGUCUGUUGUUAGACAACCUCAAUUUUCUUUUACAGAACAACCUUCUGACAGGAGAGGGCACGAUCUAACAGAAAGGGAAAUUAGUUCUCUGGGAAUAUACUCACACAUAAUGCACUAUCGCGUCGAAGUUAUAAAUGGGAGGCAAGUGAUACGAGUUGACUUUGACCCUGACUUCAUCGCAAACUCUCAUCGCUAUGGGGCAAUUUCUGUGACAUCUGACAUGUCUGUAGUCAGAAGACAGUCAUCUGUACGGAGGCAGCCAUCUCGCUUGAGAGAGGAACCGACUCGUUGGCACGAGACACAGUCUAGUGGUCAUACCUCUAGAAGACAACCAGCUUAUUUAACAGAUGAAACGCGUCAUUGUAGAGAACAACAAUCUAAUAUGAGAAGGCAGCUACAACCUUCAGCUGCUGAAGUACAACCAUUUAUAGAAGGGUUACCACCCUUGAGAGAUAGGUUGUCUGAUAGAAGACGAGUACGGUCUUCUCAUAGAGAAGAAUAUCCGGAUACGACAGGGCAAGAAUCGACAGAACGGACAAUUGAUUCAGAGCGAAUUUACCCACACACCCUGUACUAUCAUAUAGAGGAAAUCGAUGGGAUACGAGUGAUCCGGGUUGUCUAUACUACAGAUUUCUUAAAUACAUUUCACCUCUAUGACAUCAUCUACGUGAGCCAAUCACCACCCUAAGCAACGAAGAGAACCAGACACUGGGAAUGAGGAUGUCUUCCAAUUCAUACAACUCCUGUUUGAAGAAGGAUGACUCGUGCUGAUGUUGUUGUUGUUUUGGUUUUUUUUUUCUUCAUUUUAAUUCAUAUCCUUAUUUCAGUGUAACAUAUUGUGUAUAUAAAAUAUGCUAUCUCUCCAUGUCUUAGGUAAGAGACUAACAGGCUGUCCUUAACUAGUUUCCUCAUACGCUAACAAUAUUGCCAACGUCAUUAUAUAGGGUAAAUUGUACCGCUAAUUAACUAGGAUCUAUAUAAUAUUAUUACUGUUUUCUUACAUUAAUCAAAGUACUGUAAAUACUGAAGACACAGGGGUGCACAUUUUUUUUUUGCAGUCAUGAGAGAGGUAGGCGGAGCUUAUUCUGGGUGUUGUAAAAUGUAGUAAUGUAAUUUGAAAAGUCGAGUACUCUACUUCACCCUAAUACUAUUUUCGUGACUAUGAUAAUGAAAAUAAUUGCACUAUUUCAUGGAUUCAAAAUGUUUUCUUUGAACAAACUUGGUAGCCCUUCCCCCAAGCAUGCUACAGGUCCAA